CACCUCAGAUGCUCCUUGGUUGAGUGAAGGCGAAGCGGAGAGAAACACACAGCGGGGCACAGAGCCAUAAUAUGCAAAAUAGGUAGGUAUUUCCGCCGCGGGUUCCGCCGAGGGUGAACCUUGGAAAGAAUAGAUGAUAAACAGAUGCAAGCGUUCCGGGGAAACCACAACCCUGCACGAUCAAUGUUGUGUUAUGGUGAACAUUCCGGGACCCAGCGUCUGUUUCACCCCGGGACGAAGGCGCAAGGGGGUGCAAAGAGACAUGCACGGUACCCUGAUGGCCGUGUGGAUGCUGCAGGAUCCAUUCUUGGUAGGGAGUACAUGGGCCCCUUUCUUCAAGCCCAAAGGGCAAGAUUGGCGCUUCGUGCAAGUGUCAAUGACGGUGGUGCGGUACGUACCCCCAAGAAGGUUGACGUGCCAGCAGAUCUUCCGAGUACAGCCUGGCAACGGUGUUAUCGAUUGUCCUUCAUGGGAGCACCCCAUUGGUUCCGCUAUUCUCGCGAUAUUGCCCCAAUAUCUGCGCUUAACAUGCAUCGAACCGCGAGGCCAGAAAUGCCGAUCCGGGUGUUGGCCAUGAGGAUCCUAACAUCAGACAUACCAAUGGCGACUUCCAAUGAAACAUGGCUUCAAAGAGGUGUGUAGUGUACACAAAAUCGGGAGAAAUUCACCGCCAAGAGAUAGUUAAUGCCGAGCCAUUACCCGAUCGCGUGCAUGGGCAGUUAGCAAUGUUACAGCACUGCACCUGUCCCAAGGUCUACUGGAACGACUUUCAUCGAUCUAGCAUUGCGUCUUUUCACCCCACCCUUACGGCAGGAAACA